GCGAAGAAAGAGGCCGUGAUCGAGCACUUUGCGCUGAAGGCAGGCACGCCACCCGAGGACAUCACGGAGCGCGUGACACGGGUCGGCGAGUGGUUUGUCAAUGCCAUCGAUGAUGCUUACUUCAAUGAGGCGUCGGCCAUCGACCACAUAGACAUCGGCCUACUGGGCUACUUCAGGCAGCUAAAGGAUGCGGGCAUCAAGAUCGCCUUUGUGCGGUGCUCAGAAUUUUCGAAGACUUGGGACCCACCCGUCAGAUGCCAAGCGCAGGGAGCUUUGGCCUUUGAUGCACGAGUCAACACCUAA